AUAAAGAAAUAUUUAAAAAAUAUAUUAAAAUACAUUAUAUUACAAAUCAUAUCAAAAUGAAAGGAUAUUGUUUAAGAGACACCGCUACCACUAGAAUCACCUUUUCUAUAAAUUAGACAUCAUUUUUGGAGCUUUUAUUCUUCUUCAUCGAUAGAGCUUUUCUUAUAUACUCCCAAAAAAAAAAAUUAACAAGACAAAAACACACAAUAGAUGGCUGUGAAUAAUGAUGAGAAACAGCAAAACAAACCCAUCGGACACAGUCCACUCGCUCACAAGAGUCUCCUUCAAAGUGAUGCACUCUAUCAGUAUAUACUUGAAACCAAUGUGUUUCCAAGAGAGCAUCCAUGUUUGAAGGAACUUCGUGAGAUGACAGAAAACCACCAUGGGAACAUUAUGAUUGUACCUGCUGAUGAAGGACAGCUUAUAAGCAUGCUAAUUAAGCUCAUCAAUGCGAAGAAGACGAUGGAGAUUGGUGUUUACACUGGCUACUCUCUCCUCUCCACCGUGCUUGCUCUCCCCUCUGAUGGAAAGGUAUUGGCUUUAGACAUCAGUCGCGAAUACUUUGAGCUAGGAUUGCCCAUGAUAAAAAAAGCUGGAGUGGAUCACAAGAUUGAAUUUAGAGAAGGACAUGCUGUUGGUCUCUUAGAUGAAAUUCUUCAAGAUGAAAAUAAUAAGGGGACAUUUGAUUUUAUUUUUGUGGAUGCUGAUAAGGAUAACUACUUAAACUAUCACAAGAAGGUAAUUGAACUUGUGAAAAUUGGGGGAUUAAUCGGAUAUGAUAACACUUUAUGGAGUGGAUCAGUGGCGGCUCCCGCAGAUGCACCUAUGAAUGACCUCAUUAGGAGCUUACGUGACUAUGUGAUUGAGUUCAAUAAAUAUAUAGCUAAAGAUUCAAGGGUAGAGAUUUGUCAGCUUUCUGUAGGAGAUGGAAUUACGCUGUGCCGCCGCAUCGACUGAUUCCUAGUUUUUGAUCAUUUGUUUGCUUGGGAAGUUCAGAUUUUGAUUAUAAGUAUUUGAGUUUUUAAUAACAAGGUUAUGGAGUGUGGAGUGUGUUAUAAAAAUAUAAUAAGUAUAUUUAUCAUCUUUGAUGUUAUGAAUAAUAUUAGAUAUGAAUGUGAAUGUUCAUUUUCUAUGUAUUUUUUAUAUUCUGUAAUUUUUAUGAGGGGAUUUACUCAUUGUAGUUUGCAUUUAGUGAUUUGAAUAUUUAUGUACUUGUAAUUUAUAUCCAUAUCCUAUAAAUAAGACUUAUGUAA